AGCCUACAGAUGGCAAUUCUUUCAGUACUUACUUGGGAGUAAGACCCACUGAACUCAGCAGGACUUACCCAAUGAGUAAAUAUGCAGAGGAACCGCCUGCAAGCGGCCCUUGCCUGGAGAGAGACUUCUUUCGGCACCUGAAAACUUUCGGAUGGAGCUAGUUUUCUUUGCUUGCCGUUUGGAGACCGACUUUAGUGUUGCAAUUGUUACUAUGGCAACACAGGUAAUAGGGCAGUCUGGUGGCAACAGCCUGUUCCCUGGCAAUACUAACCUUGGCAUGGCGCUGCCAAACGACAUGUAUGACUUUGCUGAACUUUCAAAAGCUGAGCUGGCAGCUCCUCAGCUAAUUAUGUUGGCCAAUGUUGCCCUGACGGGAGAAGUUAAUGGCAGCUGCUGUGAUUACAUGGUUGGUGAAGAGAAGCAAAUGGCUGAACUGACAACUGUGGGCAACACCAACUUUUCAGACAGUGAUGGAGAAGAUAUAGAUGAUGCACAUGAUGUGGAGAGUGAUCAUGAAGGCCUGGAAGACAUGGAACUGGCAGCCCUUGAAGCCCCUGUGGCUCCUGAUACUGAAACUGCAGCAGUGACUGAGUCUUCUGUUCCAUCUAGCCCAGGCAAAGACAUCCCUCAGAAAGCAUCAGAUGUUCCAGAUGCUCCAGAGACCACAGAUGAGAAAUGUAAGAGCUCAAAGAACAAGCCAUUUCGUUGUAAGCCUUGUCAGUAUGAGACAGAGUCAGAGAAGGAGUUUGUGGAUCACAUCCGGGUACAUGGUGCCAACAGAUUCAUUGUAGAAGAAAAAGCUGAGAAGCAUGGCCAGUCUAAAGAAACGGAGUCUAGUGGCACAGAUGAGGUGGAUUUCUCCAAGGGGCCCAUUAGAUGUGAUCGCUGUGGCUAUAACACUAGUAGAUAUGAUCACUAUCUAGCUCACUUGAAACACCACAACAAAGUAGGAGAAAAUGAGCGGGUCUACAAAUGCACCAUCUGCACAUAUAUGACAGUCAGUGAAUACCACUGGAAGAAGCAUCUAAGAAACCAUUUUCCACGGAAAGUAUACACAUGCUCACAGUGCUCCUACUUUUCUGACAGAAAGAACAACUAUAUUCAACAUAUUCGAACUCAUACAGGAGAACGUCCCUAUCGAUGUUCCAUGUGUCCGUAUUCAAGUUCUCAGAAGACACAUUUAACCAGGCACAUGCGCACUCAUUCAGGUGAGAAGCCAUUUAAAUGUGAGCAGUGCAGCUAUGUGGCAUCAAACCAGCAUGAAGUGACUCGGCAUGCAAGGCAGGUUCACGAUGGACCCAAACCACUGACCUGCCCCCACUGUGAGUACAAAACAGCUGACCGAAGCAACUUUAAGAAGCACGUUGAGCUCCACGUCAGUCCGCGACAGUUCCUGUGUCCUGUCUGUGAGUAUGCAGCAUCCAAGAAAUGUAACCUGCAGUAUCACAUUAAAUCCAGGCAUCCUGAUUGCUGCGGUAUCACAAUGGACGUCUCGAAAGUUAGACUACGGACUAAAAAGAGUGAAGCAAACACUUCAGAAAAUGCUGGUAAUGAUAAUAAAGGGGGGCAAGAGAAAACAAAGAAAGAAUCUACUGAAAAGAAGAGUGAGAAAGCUGUAAAAGAAGAGAAGAAGGAGAACUUGUCUAAAGAAAAGAAACCAGCUAGCAGUGUUGGUACAGGCCAGGUGACCACCCGAAGUCGCAAGACAGUGGCUGAAAAGGAGGCUGUGAAACCUGACAAAAUUACUGAGAAAGCUGGUAAAACAAAGAAGUCAAAAAGAAAAGCUGAUGCUUUGACUUCGAAAAAAGAUCCUGUGCCAGAAAUUGAUGUAAUAGCAAAAAAGAAAAAGAAAACAGAGAAAAAGUCCUCCAGAUGUCAGGACUCUCAAAAGGUUGAAACCAAAUCAGAGACAGCCAGAAAGCAAAAUUCCUGCCAUAAGAAAAACAAGAAAAAGAAAUCCCAGAAGAGUAAGGCUAGUAAAAGCAAUAAAACUCCAGAGGGCAAAAGUGUCCCAGAUAAGGCUCCUGUCUCUGAAGAAUUGUCUGUUACGCAAGAGGAAGAAACUAAGUCAGCUGAUGAGCCUUGCAGUGGCCCACCACUCACUGAUGCUCCAGGGAAUGAAGAGAACCAAGGAGUUGUCAUUGAUGCUCCAAAGAAUGGGGAGAACCAGGAACUUGUCCUGAGGGAGAAUCUGCAGGAUCAAGAGCCACAGGAUCAUGAGCCACAGGCUGAAGAGAUGCAGGCAGAAGAACUGCGGGCUGAAGAACCACAGCCUGCUCAGCAUAUGGUCGAAACCAUGGAGUUAGAGGUGAAAGACCAAGAAACGCCCAUGGCAGAAGAGAAGGCUGCAGAAGCUUCUCAGAGCGAAGUUGAAACAGAACUACCUCUCAUUCCUGAAGCCAGCUCUGAGGACUCUUCUGAUAACACCUUGGAAAAGGAGACUGAUGUGCUAAAGGACACUUUACCAGAUUUGGCCCAAGAGAUUCAGACUACACACAGUUGUGAGGUGGAAACGGUAGCUAAUCCAGAUUUGGUUGAAACAACUCAGCCGAUGGAAAUUUGUGAAACAGAAACUGUAAAAGCGCCACAUCCAGAAGAUGACAGUUCUACAAAAGAGCUGCAGGCUGAAGACCCAGAAGGAACGCAAUCUUCACAGUUGCCCCAAAAACCUGAGCAGAGCACGAAAGUGGAUCUGGCUACAGCAUCGCCCAGCAGCGUAACAGUGAACGAAAGUCAGGAAAUGGAAGAAGAUGAGGGCAUCCACAGUCAUGAUGGUAGUGAUAUAAGUGAUAACAUAUCAGAAAGAAGUGAUGAUUCUGGAUUAAAUGGUGCUCGGUCAGUGCAGGAGGAAACAAAUCAGAAACCAUCUCAAGAAGUGGCAAAAGCUGAGGCCAUAAAGGAGAACUAUGUGUGUAUAUUUUGUGAUCGUUCUUUUAACAAAGAAAGUGAAUACAGUAAGCACCUGAACCGCCAUUUGGUAAAUGUGUACUAUCUUGAGAAGGCAACAAAGGGGCAAGAUUAACCAAACUGCUGUUUAACGACAGUGAUUUCUUCCUCUGUAAGAUCUUCUAGAGCUUUGGUACAGUUCUUGUAGAAUCUUUGCUUAAGCUCUGUUGGCUUAUAUACUUUUAACGUUUGUUGGUUGUGUUUUUCCUGACCUUCGAUGACAUGUUGAACUAUUUGUAUCUCUUUGUGUAGAGAGGGCAAGUAGGGUAUGUAACGCUGUGGCUUGUUAAGUCUGCGUAAUCUCCUGGAUACAUCUCUGGAAUCCUUUGAGUAUUUCUGAGAACAUCCACCAGAACUCUUCAUAAGUAGUUGAUCCCGGGUGGACUUGGGGCACAGUCCAUUUGGAGUGUCCUGCACACACUCAGAAGAAACAAAUGAGAGUUUCUGAGAGUGAUGCUGUGAUCCUGUACUAUUCUGUAUGCUUCCAUGGACUUGUGGAGGAGAUGUUCUCAGUGGACUGGACCUGUUCAGUCAUU